GCCCGGUUUUGGGCGGCGGUGAGCGGCUGUUCGCUUUGGCUUGAAAACUUGGUACAGAUGAUUAUACGAGCGCAGAAAAAGCGAAGAAACUCGCAGCGCCUAUGGGGAGAGAGAAAGUGACGGACAAACAAAAACGCGCGUUUCGCGUCCAGGAUGACUUCUUUUCUCCCAGCGUUUUCUGUUUGUUUCAAAUUGCCAGCAUCUGCGUUAUUUUGCCCUUUAAUUAAAGAAGUGGGUCCGUCAUGUCGGUGUUGCGACCCGUUAGACCAUUCCAUUCUGUAUUUGGAUUUGGCCGAACCACUCCGAGGAGACUUCUGUUUUCACCAAGAAGGCUUUUAAGUUCUUUAACAGGCGAUGACAAACCGGCAAAAUUUCAGCCUCCAUCAAAACCUGUUAUCAUAGAUAAAACACAGUCCGGAGCAACACAGAGAAGGUUUGUAAGUCCUGAAUUCAUAAUGAAGAGAGGGAGGACAAAUCCCCAAAAAUUCAGCAUUGAGAGAAAAGAUAUGAUUCAAAGGCGUAAAGUGUUGAAUAUACCAGAAUUCUAUGUCGGAAGUAUCCUUGCUGUUAGUAUGGCAGACACAAAUGCUAAUAGCAAAGUCAACAGAUUUGUUGGAAUCUGCAUCCAACGUUCAGGAAAAGGUUUGGGAGCUACUUUUAUCCUUAGAAAUGUCAUAGAUGGACAAGGUGUCGAGAUCUGCUAUGAUAUGUAUAGUCCUCGAAUACAGCAGAUUGAAGUGCUGAGGCUAGAAAAGAGACUUGACGAUAACCUGAUGUACCUGCGUGAUGCUCUACCGGAAUACAGCACUUUCGACUUUGACAUGAAACCUGUACCUAAGCCUAAUAGUGCCGAGGUCCCUAUCAAUUUGCUGAAAGUAAAAAUGAAACCAAAACCAUGGUCAAAACGUUGGGAACGUCCACAAUUCAAGGUGCAGGGUAUACGAUUUGAUUUAUGUCUCACAGAAGAACAAAUGGAGGAAGCCAAGAAGCAUGAUAAACCUUGGCUUGAAUAUGAUAUGAUGAGAGAAUAUGACACAUCCACAAUUGAGAAGAAAAUGGAGUUGUGUUUAGAGUGAACUUAAUAAAUGAGAAGAAAUCAAGCACUGCCAAUAACAUUGGUACCAACAUUUUUGGUUUUUUCAGCCUCAAUUAGAAUAAUUAUUACAUUGUCAUAAUUGAUUUGUUUAGACUUCAACAAUGGAAUAGUGUAAGUUAUGUUCACAUUUACUGAAGGCACCUACAGCAUUUGGCUCAGAGCAUGUGCUGGGGUGAUUAUUGAAUAGAAAUAAUGUUGAAAUCUGAACAGUUUUUUGAAAAGCACCAGUUGUAAAUUUCAAAGUAUUAAAAUGAUUUACAUUUUCA